AUGUCGCCUCGCCCCGACGGCAACUACAACGAAACCUCCACACCCGGAGCCGACGUCUCUUUUGACGGUGCCGUGAAGAAUGCCGCGCUCCAGAUCAAGCCCAACCGCAUCCUCUACACCAGCGUUCUUCUAGCUCUGCUGCAGCCUUUCCAGAGCGGAUGGUCCACCUCGCAGCUCAAUCUCUCCGACUACAACAACACUGACGAGUGCAAUGCGCGUCCUGUCGUCGAAGGAACAUGCACGCUGUUCAGUGGCCACUCCAAGCUCGAGUGGACCUUCGCCGUGAACGCCUGGAUCUUCGGCGCCAUGGUUGGCAGUUUGCUGUGUGGCUACUUCAGUGAUUUAAUGGGCCGCAAGAAGCUGCUCUACUUUAACUGCUUCUUCAUGAUCGGCGGUGCCGUCAUUCAGGCCGUCGUCUCCAACAUUUGGCCGUUUGCCGUCGGCCGUGCCGUUGCCGGUAUUGCCUCGGGUGCCGCCACCGGCACCAUCGGCGCGUACGUGAACGAGCUGUCACCGCCACACCUGCGUAGUCAACUCGGUUCCGGACUGCAGAUCUCCACUACCAUCGGCAUCUUAGUGCCGGCCAUCUGCUUCUUCUUCGCCGACAGCGGUGAUGGAUGGCGUUACAUGGCCGGUUUCCCCAUCGUGCUGGCUGGCAUCUACAUGUUGUUGUCGCCGUCGCUGGCCGUCGAAAGUCCCGCGUGGCUGCUCAUGAAGAACCGUCGCGAGGAAGCCAAGCAGGUCAUCACUCGUCUGUAUGGCGAGGAGCACGUGCAGACUGCUCUCGCCUGGCUUGAGCCCAAGAAGCAGCCCAGCGAGGCCGAGGCCGGCUUCUCUUCUGAGCCGGUCGAGUCCAUUUGGUCGCCGAAGUACCGCCUGCAGUUUCUCGGUGCGCUGCUGCUCUCGUGCACGCAGCAGCUAUCGGGUAUCAACGCUGUCUUCUACUACUCUGGCAACAUUUUUUCGGACGCCGGUAUCUCGGACUCGCGUGUUGGAACGCUCAUCAUCGACUUCAUCAACAUCUGGCCGGCCUUCUUCACGAGUGCACUGGCCGCACGCUUCGGCAACCGCAACAUGAUCCUUUGGGGCAUUGUCGGCAUGGUCGUCAUGUCCAUCGGUAUGACCGUCGCCUUCCUUGCAGAUGUGUCGGCGCUCUCCAUCGUCUUCACGGCACUGUACGUCAUCGUCUUCGGUGUUACGCUCGGCCCUCUCGUUUGGGUCAUGACAGCCGACAUGUUUCCGGACUCGGUGCGUGCCAGCGCCUCGUCCAUUUGCAUUGGUGCCAACUGGCUGUGCAACCUCAUCGUCGGUGUCGGUUACCCGUACCUGGCCGACGAGUUCGACGACUGGAGCUACAUGCCCUUCACGGUGUUGCUCGUCAUCUUCUACGUGUUGUCGCUCAAGUUGGUGCCGGAGACUGCUGGCAAGACCAACGAGGAGAUCCAGGCAGAGUAUGAGGAGCGCCGUCGCCGUUAG